AUAUUUGUGUAUAGGUUAAGUCAGUUGAAGGUCAAAACGCUCGUGCACCGCACGCGUUUACAAAGCCGAGCUCACUAUCAUGGCGAUUACUGUGAAAUAAUCAGAACAACAUGUCAAUUAUACCGCUACAAAGUUAACUUUACAACUAUUGUGCUAUGUGAUAAAAAGUUAUUGUGUGUGAACAUGAAGUAUAAAACGAAUUUAGUACUAUUUACAUUGUUCGCUGCGAACUUAAUCGACCAGCCGGCGCCCGAAGUGACCAUCGCGCAAGGCAUUUUGAGCGGUAAAAUAAGCGCUGAUGGGACUAUUUUCGAAUACAUCGGCAUACCUUAUGCUUCCACAAACAGUAGCACGCGGUUCAAGGCUCCGGGUCCGCCUCCAUCAUGGCAUGGUGUGUUCAAGGCAGUCGACGAGAUACAUUUCUGUCCACAAUCAACACCCAUCGGAGUUCUCGGUUCCGAAGACUGUCUAAGAAUAAAUGUUUAUGUUCCGGCGUUUGCUAAAAAGCCAUUGCCUGUUAUGGUGUACAUUCACGGUGGAGCAUUCAUAUUGGGGGGAGGAGGAAAAUUGUUAUAUGGCCCUGAUUUCUUAGUGAAAAAAAACGUUAUUCUAGUCACUUUAAAUUAUAGAUUAGGAGCGCUAGGUUUUACUUGUUUAAGAAUAAAAGAAGCCCCUGGCAAUGCCGGGUUAAAAGAUCAAGUAGCAGCUUUAAGGUGGGUAAAAAAAAAUAUAGCAGCUUUUGGGGGAGAUCCGAAUAACAUUACUUUAUUCGGUGAAAGUGCUGGCGCAACGUCAACUGCCAUAUUAUUGGCCAGCAACGUUACAGAUGGGCUAAUCAAUAGAGCAAUUAUUCAAAGUGGAUCAUCUACUGCAAAUUGGUCGAUUAACAGAAAUCCUGUCUGGGUGGCUAGCCUUCUAGCUCAAAAUUUUGGACUGACAACUCAGGAUCCCUUAAAAAUAUAUGAAUUAUUUUCUAAAAUGUCGUAUAAAGAAUUAGUUACAGCGAAAGCAAAGAAGCCACUUACCAAGUAUUUUGAUACGCAGCUUUUGCAAUUGCCCUGCGUCGAAGAAAUAAUUCCUGGCGAGGAGUCUAUAAUCAAUGAUUUACCUUACAAUUUAUUAACAAAAAAAAUCAAGAGUGUUCCUAUAAUUUACGGUUCAAACAGUAAGGAGGGAUUCUUUUUAAUAUCCGGAGACACGGAUGAAUCGCUCGAAGAGAGAAACGGACGAUAUUUGUUCGCGUCCGAUUUGCUAUUUCAGUCGGAGGAUGAAGCAGCUAUUGAAGCACAAAGAAUACAAAAGUUUUAUUUUGGCGAUGAUAAAGUAAGCAUGAAGAAAUUAAUGAACGUAUCAGAUAUUUACACUCACUUGUAUUUCGAAAUACCUCCUAUAUUUGAGACUGAAUUGUUCAUCGAAAAAGCUAAUGCUGUAGUUUAUAAUUACUACUUUGAUUAUUCUGGUGCUAGAAAUGUUGUUAAAAAGCGAGCAGGAUUUGCAGAAGAAAAUGGGGCGUGUCAUGGAGAUGAUUUGUUUUAUUUGUUCAAUGCAAUGCUGCUACCUUUUAGAAUUAACAAAAAAGAUAUGGAAAUAAUUGAUACUAUGACAACCUUAUGGACCAAUUUUGCAAAAUAUGGGGACCCUACGCCAGAUUCGAAGUUAAACAAUCGACACUUCCGCUGGAUGCCGAGCAAAAAGAAUCAGAUUAACUUUCUCUACAUAAACGAUGAGUUAAAAAUGGGUCCUAUCCCAAAUUCAAAGGCGUACAAGUUAUGGAAAACUUUGUAUGAAAAAUAUCGCAAAUUGAAAAUUGACUAAAUUUAUUUAUUUAAUUAUACUAAAUAAAUCAACAACAACUGCAUUUUACAUGACCUGCACGUAGUAGUAUUUAAAAUAUAAAAAAAUUAUUAAGAUAAUGGAAUAGUUCUAAAUGGUUUGAUAAAAUCUAUUUGUGGACCCUCUUUAAUAUUUCCAAAAUAGUUCAAAAGUGCGCGAAAAUGCAAUAGCUCAAAAAAUUUUAGAAAACCACAUGUUUUUAAUGUAUUGUAGGCGUCCUUUUAGUUAAUUUCACUCCAGAUUGAUGUUACACGAAUAAUUAUUUGAAGCGAUGGUUUAUUUGAUAAGUUAGUUUGUUAAUUUGACAAGUGAGGUCCGUUGGGUUGUUUGGAUCGCCGCGAGAAGGUUUAUUGAAAAAGGCAUCAAGCUACAGUUUCAUUAUGUUUGAAUUCCCAACAGAACGGGUAUUCGUGCUAAGAGAUUAAAUACAAUUAUAUGCAUGUUCUCAUUGUUUUCAUGGAAUAGUUAUAGACUGUGUUUGGUGUUAACAUAAUGGUUGCAAGUUAGAGCACCGUGAAGAAAUUAUGUGGUACAAGUCCAGAUCCACCCAUGGCUGUGGAGCUCCUAAUGAUGAUGUUGAAAUAAAUUGUAAGUUUAUUUUAAUCCAUUCCUAUAUAAAAUAAUGAAUUAUGGGUAAAACAAUAUAUUAAUCUCAGUAAUAUUAUGAGCAUUCCGAUUAAUCUAUUGCGUUGAGCACUUCAAUGGUUUUGUCAUUAAAAACUUUGACAAACUC